AAGAUCGUCACAACUCAAACUCACUCCCAAAUACGCACGCGCGAGGCCGAGGCAGCCGCGGCGGGCGUUUGCCGUUGCCAGCUCUGACACACACAACAGCGCCAGGGUAUAGGAGGAGCCGCAGCCAGCCUCCGUAAUAAAAGGGCCUGCUGUGUUCCUCGCUGGCGUAGUAUGUGCGAGUCUGAGAUGGAGGACGGCGCGUCAGGAGAGAUGGCUGCAGCUGGGGGCCAGGGCGCGGCGGCGGGGGGCCGGCGCGGCGGCGGCGGAGGAGGAGGAGGCAAGCGCGGGCGCGGCGAGAGGGAGAGCGGUGGCGCGACGGCGUCGGCGUCGCGGAUCUGCCGCGGGAGGGCGAACGGCGGCAAGGACCGGCACAGCAAGGUGGUGACGUCGAAGGGGGUCCGGGACCGGCGGGUGCGGCUGGCGGUGCCCACGGCCAUCCAGUUCUACGACCUGCAGGACCGCCUCGGCUUCGACCAGCCCAGCAAGGCCGUCGACUGGCUCCUCGACGCCGCCUCCCACGCCAUCGCCAAGCUCCCGCCCCUCGACCCCACCGCCUUCUCCUUCCCUUUCCCCGCCGACGACGCCCAGCAGGCCACCAAGAAGGGGAAGAAGCCGCUGCUGCUCCAGCAGGGCAGCAGCAGCACCACCUCAGAGUCCGACCUCUCGCUCUCACGCUCCGACGCCGCCCGCGACAAGCAGCACAAGGGGGCCGUCGUCACCGUCGCCGCUGCCCCCGGAUCCGCGCAGGCCGCGUCCUCCUUCACCGAGCUGCUCAGCGGCAACGCCAUUGCCGCCGCCGAGCACAUCCAAUCCUGGUACCGACAGCAGCAGCGGCAGCUUUCCGCCGCGGGCCCCGUCGGAUUCGCGGCGCACCCUGGGAACAACAACAGAGGAGCCUCGCAAGACGCGGCGUGCGCCGGCCUCAGAUUCGGCAAUGCGCCUCCGCUCGGCAUGGCGCCCGCGCGGCCGCUCCUGCCCGUGCGGCCGGUCGGCUUCCCCACCGCCAAUUCCACGGGCGAGAUCGCGCCCUUCUCGUUCGUCCAGGGCGUGCUGGCUGCGGCAUCCGCUCAGGCCCCGGCCCCGGCCGGAGACUACAGCCUCGACUUCUCCAUGUCGUCGGGUUUCACGGGCGGCGGCGUCGGCAGCAACAGCAGGGGGACCCUUCAGUCCAACUCCAGGUCACAGUACUUUUCAAACCAGCUCCAGCUCUAUGAGCUCGACGGCCCGAGCCCUCCCUUCUUGUAUGAUCCAGCCGCUGCCCUGGCCGCGCACCCCUCGUCGGAGAACCGCCACCUCACCGGAACGCCGCCAUUGCAGCUCUGGAACGGGUUCCGGAUGGAGGAGAAGAGCCAGAACUGAUCACUACACCGAGAAUUAUCCAAAGGAACCGAAGGCAUCGAUUUUGAAGCUGUGUCCGGCAAAUAAUAGCCCACCUUCCGUUCUGAAGUUUUACCGCGACAACCACCCGUGUUCUUGGAGCUGGAAUAUCGAUCAUUGCGACAAUCUGGCAUUGCGUUGCGCCUUAUUAUCUCUUCUCUUGCUGCCUCAUGGAAACCGAUUUUGCGAGAGACCAGAGUUUCGACAAAAGACUCGCAAGCGCGCCCCGUUGUUGGGGCUGUAAUCCUUUGUGUUUUUCCAAACCUAGUGCGCUAUGUCGUGUGGAUUCAUGUGGACCCCGUGUUGGGGCUAGGCCGUUCUGAAGUUUGGGAGAAACAAAACUAGUCCGUCGUUGGAUGUUUUUACAAUAAAACAGAGUAAUAAGUUGGUCGUUGGAAAGCA